AUGUCAUGUCGUGAGAAAGUGGAGCAGCAGACGAGCCCAAGAGGACUCGCCGAUAAGAUACGUGCUGGCGACGAGAUAGUGGCGGUGAACGGUAUUUCCGUGAAAGGAGAACGGAAGUCAGCUGUCGCUCAGCUGAUUCAAUGCAGUACGAAUCCUGUCAAGAUGACCAUCAAUAAGUUGGAAACGGACCCCUCAAAAGGAAAAACAUUGGACAUUGUGAUGAAGAAAAUCAAACACAAGAUGGUCGAGUUUAUGGACACGGAUUCAGCGGAUGCGCUAGGACUCUCGAGAGCAAUUCUCUGUAAUGACCCACUGCUGAAGAAAAUGAAGGUGUGUUAG